AUAAGGAAAGAUGGAAGACAACCAACCUGCCGAAGAGGUACUUGAUUAUGACGAGAUUGAUGAAAUUGAGGACAAAGAAGCCCAAGCUGCCGAUGGAGAGACUGGUGGUGAGAAUAAGCUUACCUAUUCCUCUAUUCACUCUACUUCGUUUAAGGAUCAUAUGUUAAAAUAUGAGCUCCAGAGGGCCCUCCAGGAUUGUGGAUUUGAGAAUCCUUCUGAAGUCCAGCAGCAGUGUAUCCCAAAAGCUAAGAUGGGAGUCGACGUACUGUGCCAAGCAAAAUCAGGAAUGGGAAAAACAGCUGUCUUUGUGCUGACAGUUCUAGAUCAGUUAGAUGAAAAGCCAGAGCCAUGCUCAUGCCUUGUUAUGGGACAUACUAGAGAAUUAGCCUUCCAGAUUAAGAAAGAGUUCGAUAGAUUUACCAAAUACUUUAAGAAUGUUACUUCAGAGGUGAUUUAUGGAGGUAUCCCAAAGAAACAGCACAUCAAAAUGCUGAAGGAGACUCCUCCAACCAUUGUAGUAGGUACUCCAGGUAGAAUCCUUGACCUUACAAUGGGAGGACAUCUCAAGCUUGAUAAGCUCAAGUACUUCGUCCUCGACGAGUGCGAUAAGAUGCUUGAAGAGGUAGGAAUGAGAAGAGACAUUCAAAAGAUUUUCGUUAAGACUCCACAUCAGAAACAGGUAAUGAUGUUUUCUGCCACCAUGGAUAAGGACAUUAGACCUAUCUGUAAAAAGUUCAUGCAGGACCCAUUCGAGGUCUUCAUUGAUGAUGAGACUAAACUUACUCUUCAUGGUCUCCAACAGUAUAUUGUUAAGUUAGAGGAGAAAGACAAAAAUAGGAAGCUUCAUGAUUUGUUAGAUGCUCUCCUUUUUAACCAAGUGAUCAUCUUUGUCAACGGAGUUGACAGAGCAAAGGCAUUGAACGGAGUUCUCCUUGAGAGUGGUUUCCCAUCAGUCUGCAUCCAUUCAAGAAUGGGACAGGAGGAAAGAAUCAGCAUUUACAAACAAUUUAAAGAUCUUGAGAAGAGAAUCAUGAUUUCGACAGAAAUCUUUGGAAGAGGUAUUGAUUUCCAAGGUGUCAACAUCGUAAUCAACUAUGACAUGCCCAAGGCUACUGAUGACUACCUCCACAGAGUAGGUAGAGCAGGAAGAUUCGGAACUAAAGGAGUUGCUAUCAGCUUCACUAAAGAUGAAGAAGACGAGAAGGUACUCACUGACAUUCAGAGCAGAUUUGAGAUCAAGAUUGGCGAUCUACCAGAGAAGCUUGAGAUCUAAGGAGCAGAUAUUCUAAUUGAUUUCUAAGAAAGU